GCGGCCCCGCCUCACUCAGCCGCCAUGCGCCACAGCCAAUAGGAGGGGCGGCUCACAGGGCAGUGGGCGUGACUGGUGACGCACCUGGGCGGGGCGUACUUUCCGUGAGAUGCGGAAGUUGGUCCCCAGCAGCAGCAGCAGCAGCUGCUGAAACUGAGACGGGCGGACCGGAAGACAUUGGGAGAGUCGGGGAUGUCCGGCUGCGGCAGCGCAUUAUCCGGGAGCUACACGGAACUGAGGGGACAGCGAAGUGGCCGGUAACCGGGAGUAACCUCCGCCCCAGCCAUGAAUCCAGGUUCAGAACAGGAUGUGAUUGUUAAAUCUGCACAAGAACGAGCUGACAUAGUUGCCAAAUAUGACAAGGGCCGCGAAGGAGCAAAGAUCGAACCAUGGGAAGAUGCUGAUUAUCUGGUUUACAAGGUCACUGAUAGAUUUGGGUUUUUACAUGACGAAGAACUACCAUUUCAUGACGGAGCUAUAGAAAGGCAAAAGCUGCUAGAAAUUGAGAGAACUUCAAAAUGGCUGAAAAUGUUGAAGAGCUGGGAGAAGUACAAAAACACAGAGAAGCUACACAGAAGAAUUUACAAAGGCAUUCCCCUUCAGCUGCGAGGUCAAGUCUGGUCUCUAAUAUUGGAUGUCCCAAAAUUAAAAGAUGAGAAAAAAGAUCUUUACCUGGUUCUGAAACAGAAAGCGAGGCGCCUGUCACCUGACAUCCGACAGAUUGAUUUGGAUGUUAACCGAACAUUUAGAGACAAUAUUAUGUUCAGAGAUAGAUACGGAGUGAAGCAGCAGGCUUUAUUUCAUGUGUUGGCGGCAUAUUCGUUGUAUAACACGGAGGUUGGAUACUGCCAGGGAAUGAGCCAGAUCACUGCAGUGCUCCUCAUGUACAUGAAUGAAGAAGAUGCUUUCUGGGCCCUUGUAAAACUGUUCUCUGGCCCUAGACAUUCAAUGCAUGGCUUUUUUGUUCCAGGUUUUCCAAAGCUCUUAAGAUUUCAGGAACAUCAUGAUAAAUUAAUGAAGAAAUUUAUGCCUAAACUUAAACAGCACUUUGAAACUCAGGAACUCUAUACUAGUCUGUACACCAUGAAAUGGUUUUUCCAGUGCUUCCUAGAUCGGACACCUUUCACCUUAAACCUGAGGAUAUGGGACAUCUACAUACUUGAAGGUGACAGAGUUCUUACUGCAAUGUCCUAUACAAUUGUAAAACUGCAUAAAAAAUACUUAAUGAAGCUGACUAUGGAAGAUCUAAUUCAGUUCCUACAGGAGAGUCUAGCCAAGAAUUUUGGCUAUGAGGAUGACUUUGUUAUUGAACAACUCCAGCUCUCAAUGACGGAGCUGAAGCGAGCAAAACUUGACCUCCCUCCACCAGGGAAAGAUGAAGAAUUUCCUAAAAAACCUCUUGGUCAAGUACCUCCUGAACCUCCACCAGUACUUAUGAAUCACAUUAUGAAUGGACAAAAGAAUACCAACAAGGUUCCAUACCAAGGAAAACCUGAGAAGGUAUCUUCUCCAAAUAAGGCACAGCAAGUUUCCCCAACUGAUGAAAAAAGGAGGAGGAAUUCCUUUGAGAAGUCUUCUUUGAAGUCCUCAAAGAGAGGACCUAUAGAGUAUCGUACAGAGCAGGCUAAGACAGAUGUGAAUCAUAGGAAGAUCCAACAGUCCAAUAAUCCAUCUCAGGACAACGUUAAGUACUAUGAUUAUGGUGCCGCUAAUCAAAAUUCGAAUGCAACAUCAAGUACUUUAAAGGGAAUCACUCCCAAAUGGAACUUACCAACGGAGCCCAAAAAUAAGGUGCUUCUUCUAAAACAUAUGAAUGAUGGAAGGGGAAACCCACCAGACUAUAUUUCUAGUCAAGCUGAGUCUCAAGUUGUGACCGUGAAGCAAAAAAAUAGGAUAAGUGAUAUGGGAGGUAAAAGAGGGUCCAAUGCUUCACAGUAUGAUAAUGUUUCUGGUGGUGAAAAUGAGGCUGACAAUUAUAUUGACAAUUCUAGGCAACAAUUGGGUUUGUCAGCUAAGAAUGUGAUUUAUUCCAGUGGCGCGUCAUCAGAACAUCCUUCAAAAGACUCCAGUCCGCCAAAAGUAGGUGAGCGUAAUUCAGAAAUGAAUUUGCAAGCACGUUCUCCAGCACGUUCAACACCAUUUCAGGGUACUGAUGAGGGGUACAGUCUAAAGUACCCUCCACCAUCCUACAGCAGUCCACCUCUUUACCCAGAUAAUAGCAAGUACUCAAGUAGACUAAACAGUGAGCACCAUUCACCAGUGAACUGGGGUAGUCCAUCAAGUAAAUCCUAUGGACCUAACUUUGAUUUUCUUCCAGAUAAAAUGCAGAUGAACUCCACUGCUAGACAAAACCCUGUUACAUCACCCUCUAAUAGAAUUGAAGUCUUACCCCCUGAAGAGAGUGCAACUCUACGAUUAGGCAAUUUUAAUCAGAAGGAAAACCAUCGAUAUAUCAUUCCACCGAUAGAUUACUAUGUUGAACAUAAUAACUUCCCUGACUUAUCCUUUGCUACAUUUGGGCAACCCUUAAACAAAGAGUCAUCAAGAAGUUUUUCUUCUAAUUUGCAAAAAUCUCCGGGCUUGCAACAGCCUGUCAGCCCAGUGAACAAUUUUUCAUCCUUAUCUGUUAAUAGUCCUGUUAGACUAAGGACUUCAGCACACAACGAGCAAGGAACUUCAUCACGGAAUCUGCAUUCAAAACCUGCAGGUAAUGCACGGCACUUGCGAAAUCCCCGUGAUGGACUUAUAAUGCACGAGUCUGUGAUGCUGUGAAAAGCAGUUUUUGUGUGACUUCAGAGUGAGAACAGGUUACUUUGUCCUUGGAAGAGAAACAUUUCAAGCAUAAACUAUUUUUUUUUUCUUUUUUAUGUUUGGAUUGUUUUAAAUGGCCUGGAGUUUAAAGCUAUGCUGCAACACAUACCUGAAAUCUACAAUAAAGUCCAGCUACUAACUACACUCUGAAAUUUAGAAUCCUACAAAUAUAUUCUCUGAUGUACAUAUUUGUCCUGAUAUAUUUAUUAAAGCAUAAUUCCCCUAUUUAAACAAAGACUACCAUUAGAUACGUGCAGACUUACACAUUUCCUAUUACAUUGACCUUUCUAUGAAAAUAUAUAGCUUUGGCCUUGCCCGAAGCAGUAUUGUUUUGUUUUGCUGCUUGGGGUAACAGAUAGGCACUGCUAGGCAGCCUUAGCAAUGGACUGAUCUGCCCCAUCACUCCUGAAGCUCCAUUUCCACCUUAACAUCUCUUGGCUCUGUACAACACUAGUGGAUAUAAACAGGCAGUUUGAUGCACACUCUGAAAUUUAGAACACAGAGACUGAUAGGGGCUGAUGAAUGUACGCCCAUUUUUAGUGCGUAUUUUUGUAUGAAUUCCCACUGUGUGCGCUCAGAAACAUUUGCAUGGAAAUGUGGGCAUAGCUAUAGGCAUUUCCAUCUCAUUUACAUUCACACCCCAGGAGAUAAAACUUGGUUGAAAUAGGGCGUUCUUACAUAGGCUAAGAUCAGUGAGGGCAUGGGUAUACGUUUAAUUUGCCAUUUGUCAGGAUCCCGGCGGUCAGAAUACCGAUGCUAGAACCCCAACAGCUGGCAAUGGCGGCAGCCAAAAUACCGGAGCAACAGGACUAUUCCCACUCGUGGGUGUACACGACACUCAUAGAGUUGGACUAAAACCUGUGGCGAGCGCAGUGAGCCACCAUGCCCGGUGUCGGCAUAUUGGCAGCCGGGAUGCUGCUGUUGGUAUAUGGAUGGCCGGCAUCCCGGUCGCCGGCAAAUCAUACUGAACCCAGGGCAUGAUCACACAAAUGGGCUAUGCAUAGAUGGCUAUAAUGCACAGGGCCUUUUUAAUUUAUUUCCACAAUGGUGCAGGUUGUCCUUGCCCCACUGAGACCAACAUUUGAGAGGAUUCAGUGCCAGAAAACAGGUACCAGAAUCUCCUACAAAAGGUAUGUCUGGGGUCGCACUAAAAUACCAAAAAACCAGACUUAUAUAUAGUGAAAGUAUUUGCAUUAGUAGACCUUAUUUAAUGAAGAAAUGACCCUUCAAGUCUUAUGCAACUGUAAGUUUACUGCCUGGAUAUAGUCUAUAUGGUGUUAAAAUAUUUAAGUUUUAAGUUUUUGGGCUGUACAGACCGUGGAAGGAAAGUCUAUAAAAAUGUAUUUCAGUCUAAGAAUACGUUUGGACGCAUUCUAGUUUUCUCCCUAAUACAAUCUAUAGUGUUUUUAUAUGACACAUGAUAGCCUUGAAAACAAUUACCUGUCUAGAAUCAUGCAGUUCUGUAAAGAUAGCCCAGCUACAUUUGUAUGUACCAAAUCUCGUAUAGACUGUUACGCAUUUACCAAAAAGCAAUUAAGAUUUAUCCAUCGAAAGUUCCUUAACUUUUUUGCUCUUCACUCUGAAAUGAAUGCAGCUUGGUGGUUCCAUAUCUAUUGGAGUGCUGCAGCAGCUUCAUAGCAAAUUGUUGUAGAUAUGGGGGUGCAUUCAUUCCUAUAGAUCAGUGAUGGCUAACCUUGACACUCCAGCUGUUGUUGAACUACACAUCCCAGCAU